AUGAGAACAGGGGUGGUGCCAUACAGGAGUACGCUAACUGCUUUGAGAAGAAUUGCUCAUGAAGAGGGUAUUCGUGGGUUGUACAGUGGUCUUGUGCCCGCAUUGGCUGGUAUUAGUCAUGUCGCCAUCCAAUUUCCAACUUACGAAAAGAUCAAAAUCUACUUGGCCUGUCGAGAUAAUACUACGGUAGAUAGACUCGGUGCACGUGAUGUUGCCGUUGCCUCAUCUGUUUCUAAAAUAUUUGCAUCUACGUUGACAUAUCCACAUGAGGUUGUACGCUCAAGGCUUCCAGAACAAGGGCACCACUCUGAGAAGCGGUACUCUGGUGUGGUUGACUGCAUUAAGAAAGUCUUUCAGGAAGAGGGCAUCCCAGGCUUUUACCGUGGUUGUGCCACCAACCUGCUUAGGACCACCCCAGCUGCUGUAAUCACAUUCACCAGUUUCGAGAUGAUUCACCGAUUUCUUGUUACAUUAUUCCCUUCUGAUUCACAACCUCACACAUUGUAA